CUACAUACCACGGUAACCAGUCUCGUUUGAGCGACAAAUUCAGAGAUUUUAUCCAUGUCAUUGUACCCAAAUAUGGAAUAACUGCAUCAUGAUCUCCACUGUAUACUCCACAUGGAGAAGUUUAUAAAAAAGUUAGCAGAAGUUCAGGCCCAACAUGUUGAGGCUCAAGCACAAGGAAUGGAGCUACCACCAAUUGAUGAAGACUUGAUUUGGGAGGAAGUGUGUGGUGGGCAAAAGAAGAAUCGAGUUUACGGAAAAGGAGCAUUCUUUUCUAGCUCUAUUAAGUCUAGAACCACUUCUGCCAACUCUGUAUCUGGAAGAGCAUCUACAAAUCAAAAUUCUGUUCCUGAUUUGCGAGAACAGAUUCAUAAUCUCAAUGAAGAGCUUUUUCAACGUGUUACUCAACAGACAGAUGAGCGUAUUAGUAAGUUGUUAGAUACACGCUUGGCUCCUUUGGAAAAGACUCAAAAGAAGUUAGAAAAGUUAGAACGGGCAAUUGGAAAGGCCAAGAAGGAAAAGCUGAAACAGAAGAGAUGGAAUGAGGCUUAUGUUAGCUAUUACAAGAAGGUUAGAGCGUCAAGUAGUUCCACUACUGCUCCACCGCCACCGCCACCGCCGCCACCUUCAAUCUCUUCGGAUGAAGACUAUGAUGAUGAUGGGGAUGAAGAUGACACUGAGGACUAUAGUUGAUAAAUUUAGUAUGGUUGAACAAUAUACUGAGGAUUAUAGUUGAUAAUACACUUUGUUUAUGUCUUGAAUUAUAUUGACUUGCUUGUUUAUAAUACUUUUCUUUUAGCUUUAUAAUA